AGUAGAUAAACAGGCUACAUCAUUUUAUUUAGUAUGACCGAAAUAAACCAAGCCAGAUAAUUCCUAGUGGGCCAUCUUGAGAAAUGACCCUCAAUUAAGGUGUCCCAUAGCUGGUUGCUAGGUGCAAUUUUUGCCAGUGGGCAUUGCCCAUACCACCUGCCAUAGGCAUAGUUCCUGUAACAGUCAGGCCAAAUUUGUUCCUGAUAGGUGCAAGAAUUGUAGCAUGCUCUAGGCAGCAAGCUUUAAAGAUGAAACUGCUCGCUUUACUGUCUCGAUGGGUCCCAGGGUUUAGCAAAGGUGAGGAAGGGGAAGAUUAUAUCUAUCCACCAAAACUCAGGAAACAUAUAUUUAAACCCGUCUCUGACAUUCCAUAUUCGGGCCCAAACUCAAUAACAUCAGUCACCGCUACCCUCCAGGUACAUCCUGAGGAGGAAUUGGAGGAAUCCUCACCUACAGGUGAAGUGUUCAAAGACCUUGAGGUAGACAUUGAUACUGAAAGAACCUUGCUGAACCCAGAAGGACCAGGGACACAGAUGUCAAUCAGCCAUGGGAAAAACAUUGUAGAAGAAAGUGAAUCUCCCAUGCAGCUUUCAGAAACUGAUCAGGAUCCUGCGCCCAAGAGGGAUAUAAGGAUCCACCUGAACCCAAUGGAAAUAACAGCAAAUUCAGAGGGUUUUUGCAAUUCACCCAGGACUUCUGCCCCCUGGGGAACAGACAGCUGCAGCUCAGCUGUAGAUAUACAAUCAGGUUUUGCAAGCUCCCCCAAAAGGGAUACACAGUUUGUGGUAUUAGAUCACUUCCGUAAGGAAAUAAUGAAUGACAUCAAAGAUGCUUUUGCUGCUGAAAGGCAACAGAUAAUGGACAUACUGAAUGAUACACCAAAAUGUAAACAUCCUGCAUCUUGCAAUAGAAUGGGGGAGAAUGAAACCAAAGCUGCCCAAACAAGAGGUAAGAGUGCUAACCCAACUGGAACCAACAAAAUUGCCAGUCCCAGUUAUGAGUCUUAUGACCAAAAUCUAGCAGAGACUCUAAAAUCCUACUCUGAUGUUGAUAACCCUUGGCGAGAUGCCUCAAUGUGUAUUUUCUCUCAGGAUGGUAAGUAUCUUAUUAAUGAGAGAAAGACCAUGAUAGAAGUAGUACAUGUUGAAUUUAGGGACAGGGCAGCCUUUCCUAACACUGAAUGGCGCCUGAUACCACCUGUGCCAGAUGUGGAGAAGCCUCAAAAGGAAACUGUUCUCCUAGCUGGAAAUUUGGCAUUAAGAGCUGUAGAUGAAACUCUUCACCAGGUAAAUGGGACAGGAAUUUAUAGUGCCAUUAUGAACAAGACUCAGGUGGCUCACCUUGUUCCGCCAGCCUUUUGCCCCUUCACAUUUAAAGUCAUAAAUCAUGUGAAAACACAUUUUCAGAAUUAUGUAGUAACCAGAGAGCGUGAACCAUUGGCAGAACUAAAACCAUUUGCUUCGAUUAUCCCGGUUUCAGGAAACUCCACCGAAGAAUGGGCAACGCUACAACUUCCCUUUGAUAGGGAAAAGCUCCCCCUAGAUAUUGCAAGUCAGCAAUUUGGUACUCCAAUGAGAAGGAUUUCAGAAGGUACAUCAGCAUCAGAGUUUCGUGCUAGGACCCACCUCCUUAGUGUCUUAACCACUUCCUCACUUUUAGAAGUAGCCACAGAAAGACUUCCAGAGGAAUCUAGGAUGAUUUUUGCAGUUGUGGCUAAAAGCCUUAUGAGAACAUUAUGGGAAGCUCUCUAUGAAUUUUUGGACUGGCGUUUAAAAGCGCGAAUGGAGGUACUGGAAAACUCCAACAAGUCACUUCCCAAUGUGACUGCCUUAUUACAGUCUAAUCCCUUCUGCCGAGACCUGUUUGAGGAGUCUAUUGUGAUUCAAAUAAAAGAACAAGCACAUCAACAAAAUUGCACAGUGUAUGCUCUACUGGGAAAAGAUUUCAGGAAACGAAAAACCAGAAAUUACCCCUUAACAAAUCAAAAAAAGGGACGUUUUGAUAAAAAAUCUUAUAGGCCUCCAUUCACUUCCAAUAGCUCUCCUCAUACACUGGUUGGUAGUCAGAAGGGACAGCACCCUCAAAAGGGACAAAAACCUUUUCACAAGGUCCAAAAACCAGCUUAUAGAGGAAAAGGAAAAGCAACACCUGGAAUGUCCAUUAAGGGAAAAGGCAGAGGAAGGGGAGGAUCCCAAAAGGGGUUUGUUGGUCGGGGGUCGACUUCAGAAGUUUCAAAUGGAAUGAAAGUCUUCUCUUUGGGGACACAGCAUUAUUCUCAACAUACUGGUGUGGCGGGAUCAGAAGCUAAAAAACAAGUGGCAAAACCCCCCCCUACAUUAACCUAAUCACUCCAGCUGCCAACCCACCCUCUGUCACACUUUCCUCUUUACACUACAGAAUAUGCAGGACAAUUGACCUACCUACACACAGAAACAAAAAAAAAAAAACUCAAACACAAAAAACAAAAAACUCUCAAAGCACAUGUACUUACCCAAAUCCAGGCUAUUCUGUGCUGUCUGCUGUUCGAGGUCACGGAGAUACCAACAACAACAGACCGCAGCCAAGAACCACAACCCACAACCCAACAACAACACAACACCCAAGGGCUACAGCCCAACAACUCAACUACAACACAACAACAACCAUGGAACACAACCCCAACUCAACAACACAGCAACCAACCAAGGAACACAACCACAACCUAACAACACAACAAACAACCAAGGAACACAACCACAACCUCACAUAUAACAACAAAAACUCAACAACACAACAAAAGACCACUGCACAAACAACACAAAAAAUCACAACAGCAUAGGCACAACAACUCUAAGCAAACAACACUAACUUAACAACAACCAAAUAACAAGUCAAUAACACACAAAACUCACUGACUUCCAGUGCCUUCAAAUAACUGCUCCCGACACUACUAACUGUCACCAGCUCUCACCAAAGACUGACUAAAAACACUCACUCAAAACACAGAACUCUGAUCUCAAACAGCAGACAACCCAGAACUCACCAAAAGCUAAUACAGUCGUUAACCACCCAACCACCAAUUACUCUCUCUCUCUCUCUCUCUCUCUCUCUCACAGACGUUGUCAAAUGGAACUCCAUAACUCCUCCAUACUGGGGUGGAAAUGGUCUCAACCCCCUACACCUUAGAAAGGGCUCUUUAAAAAACCAGACCCAUUUAUGAAAGAUUAUGUGCAGAAGGCCCUCUUAACUCUUUCAUGUCCAAUUGACGUAGUAGUACGUAAAAUUACCCUACCCUCUUCCUAUCCGACUGACAUAGUGGUACAUAAAAUUUACAGAAAUUUUUUGUACGUGUUGUAGGGGCAUUUUAAAAAAAUUUUCAGACAAGUAGCGAUUUCCAUAGGCUAGAUCAUACCUUGGACCGUGUAUCUCGGGUAUCAAUACGCCAGCAAAGUAGUUCCUGUACUGCGCAUGCUCAAAUCCCUGCCGUAGUAAAGUUCUAACAAUGAAAUCAGCUGAUCACACCCACACUUCCCUCCCAGUGACCCACAUGCGAGCUGUUGUUGACAUGGUUACAUCAUGCAAGAACAAUAGUUUUCCAACAUGCAUUUGCAAAGUUUUUAUGGUAAAAGUAACGGAAAACACGUUAGUGCAUCCCAUAAGAGACGAUUAGAGUUUCGGCAGGGCUCUGAAUCUCCAGAAGAUGCCAAGAUAAGGAACAUCUAAUGGACUAUGACUUUUCUUGGAAGGCUCGUAGGAUUAACCUAACCCCAACCAAGCAAGCCAUGGAACUGCUUCGUCUGGAUUGGGAGGAAGAAGAUUCCGAUGCUAAAGUGAUUGAUGCUGAUGCUGAUGAAACAAUUGAGGGGAGCGAUGUUGAUGAGGUAAUGGCUCCAGGAGUUGUAGCAUUAGAAAAUGUGUUACAGGUACACAAAAAAAGAGUUCAGAGAGGCCGCUAUUAGUGUUGGUGAAGUACUGGGAACAAGUGGCCUAAGCAUCAGGGAGAGAGGCAAGAGAGAGAAGAAAAAAGUAU